AUGGCAGGUCUCGACGACGAAAAAAUCACGGUAAUUAAUAAAUGGGACGGGCCAACGGUGAAGAACACGCUGGAUGACACUGUGCGAAAGAUUUUAAACGAUCGCGUUGGAUGGACUGAAUGCCAUGCGUUAAUGAAUAUCCGCUUACUUAUCUCGUUCAUCGGCGUCACAUUUUCUGGCUUCGCUUGCGCUUAUGACUUCUACGCGCCAUUCCCAAAGUCAAAAUGGGUGCUCGCCAUCUGUUCGUGCUCCUACUUCUUCUUCAUGGGCAUUCUUCAACUCUUCCAAUGGUACGUCGAGAAGGGCUGCUUCUACGAGGCCUAUGAGAAGGACAACAAACAAAUCCGCAAGUGGUCGUGGAGUUCCGAAAUGAAGACUUACGACGACAAGUACACACUGCUCGCCGAAUUCAAAAAGGAGGGACGCUCGGGACAAGCGAAAAUCACCAAAUCCAUCGGCGCCUACAUCGACGAAGACGGCGAGGUGAUCAUUCCGAUUCUCAAAAAGGAAGUCGACGAUCUCUACAAUCGUUUGGUGCGCGUCGAUUAA